AUGAUGCAUCUGGGGCCCCCCGUCCAGGUGUUUGGCAGAGCACUUCCGGUACACUGGACACAGGUGAGAUCACGUGAAGCUUUCCAACUCCAGCGUGGGAGUUGGAAUUUGCAGCGGCGAGCUACCAAAGCCCAAGAGGUUGGCAAGGUCAAGGAAAAUGCCUUACCAUUGCGCUUUGUUCAACUGCGAAGAGGACAGAAAGUCGCGGCGGUGUGUGCAUUUCUUGCUUCCCUCGCCGGGCUCGUCCACCUGGUUCUCCAAGCCAUUUCACCCCACCAGUCUAGGUGGAUUCUAGGACGACGCCCGGACGGAGAAGCUCUUGUAGCUCUGUCAUCGUUUCUUUCAGCGCAUCCAUUCGAAUUUCCUGGCCUUCUUUGGGCCAGCAGCGCAACUGCAGGAGCCUGCGAGGCAGCAGCACGUGUAGGGUGCAGCAAGAACUAUCGCACUUUGUAUAUAUCCCUGAUGCUGGCUGGUCUUUGCUACUUGUUUGAUGAGUCCGCAGUGGCCCAGCAGAUCAGGGCACUCGCAAUUUUUGGACCCACAGGAGCAGUUUUCUUUGCGGCCUAUGUUGUGUACAUGGGGUUGGACUGGCUGAGCAACGGUGUGAGUAUUUCAGAGGUAGUGGUCGGCCUCCGUUCUUCACGAAGUUUCGGACUUCCUCGUCCAUGGCGUCUCUCAGGAUCGAGGCUCCUGCCAAAGCUGUAUGCCCUCGCGGAGGGCAUGUGCUUGUUGGAGAUGAGCAGGUCCCGGUGUCGCAAGACCCAAUGCUAUGGGCAUGACAGUCUAUGGGAUUGUACAAUGGUGUUUGCCCUUUUUCAUUGA